ACCUUGCUCUUUGACUCUCCUUGCCUAGAGUCCUGGACAGAAACUUAACUGCUUUUGUAUUACAUUUACCAUUUCAAUGUUCCAAGUUGCCAGCCAAGGUCAUGCAUAAUUGCAUACAUUAGAAUCACCGUUACGGUCAGCAGAUCGUAGACGUUUAGAAUCUCGUCAUCGUGCAAUUCAUAGCAAAUGGUGUCACAUCGCAUGGCAUGCAUAUUACAAUUGCGUACCGACACUUGAAAAGUAGGGUAUGACCAAGAAAUAUGAGCCAGUGGUGGAACGCUGACACUUGAAAAAACAAAGUUGACCCAACUCUCUCAAGUUUCUUGCUUCUCGCUGUAUCUUUUUAUUUUCUAAAAGCAAACGAAACAACCACUGACAUGACUUUGUAAUUCUCGGGAAAGCUACUUUCACUGGCUAUUCCAGCGAAAAGUAAUAACUAGGGGAUUUUAGAAGAAAAUUAAGAGAGAGAAAUAGAUAGAUAGAUGAAACUACCCAAAAGCGUAGUCACAGAGGAGGUACAGGAAUUGGUGAUGGUGGCACCAGAUUUGAAGAUUUCAAGUUUACUGAAAGUAGUACCAGCAGAAGGUAGUAACGAUAAUGGUGAGGGAGGAGGAGGAGGGGAAUUAUUUGUACCUCCUUUGAACUUUGCUAUGGUUGAUAAUGGCAUUUUUAGGUCUGGUUUUCCUGAUACCUCUAAUUUUCCCUUCUUGCAAACUCUUGGACUUCGCUCUAUCAUAUAUCUUUGUCCGGAACCAUAUCCAGAAGCGAAUAUGGAAUUUCUCAAAUCUAACAGGAUUCACCUUUUCCAGUUUGGAAUUGAAGGCUGUAAGGAGCCCUUUGUCAACAUCCCUGAAGAUACAAUUCGCGAGGCGCUCAAAGUUCUUGUUGAUGUUAAGAAUCAUCCAGUUCUAAUUCACUGCAAACGAGGAAAGCAUCGAACAGGUUGCCUAGUUGGAUGCUUUCGGAAACUGCAGAGAUGGUGUCUGUCUUCAGUGUUUGAUGAGUACCAGCGUUUUGCCGCCGCAAAAGCUAGAGUAUCAGAUCAGAGGUUCAUGGAGAAGUUUGACGUAUCCAACUUGAAGCACUUGUCAACUUCCUUCUCCUGUUCAAAUAGGUAAACAUUUAGCUAAGUUUAGAUUUUGAAGCAGCGGGGAAUAUGCAGUAGUUGCAUAUCUCCAUGCACUUUAUAUGUUUAAAAUCACCUAUAGUUUGCUAUUAUGAAGAAGAAUUCAUUUCUAUAAAUAAAGUUUCAUCUCAAGAAAUUUCAUGAUACCAUUGGUUGUAAAACAGGGUUACUGACCCUUGUCUGCGCUUGCAUUUCUGAGCUAUACAAUUUCCGUCUGCUUUUUAUCUUUAA